GCUGUGUCGAUGUAACCGUGUGUCCUGCUUCUAGCUCAGGUCUUUGCAAAAUAUUUCUCCGGCCGAAUGGUAGGCGUGCUAUGACCACCUCCCUGCUACUGAAUCCUCGCUGGGCGGACACGGUAAUGUUUGUUUAUGAAAACAACUUGGAUGAGCUGAACAAGAACAUGGAAGGUCUGGUUGGUAGCGGCAAUUUCGCGGCCAACCAGUGCAGGAAUUUGAUGGCCCACUCGGCUUUGAGCGCUCACCCUUCUAGCCUUGUGCACGGCUCCAGUUAUUCCACUGUGGAGGUAUCGACUUCGAGUGCCGCCGAAACGAGCAAACAGUGCACUCCAUGCCCGACGGUUCCCCAAGCCUCGUCCACUGGGCCUAUUCCUUAUGGCUACUUUGGCAACAGCUACUAUCCCUGCAGAAUGGGGCGGGGUUCGCUCAAGUCUUGCACUCAGCCGAGCGCGCUUAGCUACACUGCAGAAAAAUAUAUGGACACCCCGGUCACGUCUGAAGAAUAUCCCAGCAGGGCCAAAGAGUUCGCCUUCUACCACGGCUAUCCCAGCCCCUACCAGUCCAUGGCCAGUUAUUUGGACGUGUCGGUGGUCCAGACCCUUGGAACGGGGGAGCCUCGGCACGACAGUCUCCUGCCCAUGGACAGUUACCAACCUUGGGCUCUGGCAAAUGGUUGGGGGGGUCAAAUGUACUGCUCCAAGGACCAGAGCCAAGCGGGCCAUCUGUGGAAAUCUGCUCUAGCAGAUGUUGUGGCCCACCAACAUGAAGGAGGCUCUUUCCGACGAGGUAGAAAGAAAAGGAUACCAUACACCAAAGUGCAGCUCAAGGAACUGGAGAAAGAGUACGCUGCCAACAAAUUCAUCACAAAAGACAAGAGGAGAAAGAUUUCUGCCGUGACCAACUUGUCCGAAAGGCAGAUUACAAUCUGGUUUCAAAACAGGAGGGUAAAAGAAAAGAAAUUUAUUGCGAAAGUGAAGACCAGCGCGCCGUAGUGCGGAUUUCAGUAAACAGACUUUUCUCGCUGUAACUCCAGCUUGAAGAAAACAAAAUGUCGACUUCAUGUAUUUCUUUUUUUUUACAGGGCUUGUUUGUGCUUCAUUUGAUUGCGUUUUUGCGCCGCGAACGACUAUAUGGAAGGAUUAUGAUAAAACGCAAAAAGAAUUAAAACGACUUUGUAAAUUAACUUGUAAAUAUGCCUGUCUAAACGUAAGAUUUUGUGUACUUAAAGCCCUUUAAUUGUGUUUUAUAUGAACGUUUUGCAUAUAGACUAAAUGUUAAGCAUGCCAGUGUUCUUGCUGCAGGGCUAUAUCUUAUUAUACAAUUCCCUUCAAUAUUCAUUAUAACUGUUGCUUGUAAUACAGUAUGAAACAAAAACUUAUAUAAAGAGAAAUGCUUAAUAAAUGUUAAACUCUCA